AUGCGAUUCUCUCUUGCAGCCGUGCUCAAUGGUCUCAUUGGUCUGUCGGCCCUGGCCGUAGCUGCUGCGGAAGUGUCGGAGACCGGUGCCCUGGAUGAUACCAACAACCAGGCCAUCCAGGCCCUCCAAGUCCAAGAGGGCAGUGUUUCCUCGCUGUCGGUGCAUGGCUCAAAGAGGUGUUCCCUUGGUACAGCAUCCAUCCGAAGAAAUUGGCGGGCACUGUCAAAGAAGGAGAGGAAGGCUUACAUUGAUGCCGUGCUCUGCAUCAUGAACAAGCCUUCCAAGGCCGAUCCCUCAUUCGCCCCCGGAGCCAAGUCUCGAUACGAUGAUUUUGUGGCCGUCCACAUCAAUCAGACGCUGUCCAUUCACGGCACAUACUGGGACUGGCUUGACGGCUCUGACUUUGCUUCCUCUCCUAUCUUCGAUGGAAGCGAGACGAGCAUGAGUGGCGAUGGUGCCUACGUCGCCCACAAUGGCAGUCUUGGCGGUAGCAAUAACAUCUACCUCCCAUCUGGAAAUGGAGGCGGCUGUCUCAAGGACGGGCCGUUCAAAGACAUGGUGACCAACCUGGGCCCUGUAUCCCCAGGAAUGGACGGCCUCACGGCCAGCCCAACCGGCCCGCUUGGCUACAACCCCCGAUGCCUGCGUCGUGAUCUCACCUCUGCAGCCGUGGAUAGGUGGAUGACUUUCGCCAACGUGUGGAACAUCACGGUCGGUGCUGCCUCUCGAAACAUUACCACAUUCCAAGAUGAGCUGCAAGGUAGAUUCAGUGAUGAGUUUCUCGGAGUCCAUGCCGCUGGCCACUUCACAAUGGGCGGUGACUCUGCUGACCUCUUCGCAUCUCCCACUGAUCCCAUCUUUUUCCUUCACCACUCGAUGGUAGACCGAAUCUACUGGCUUUGGCAGGCUUUGCACCCGAAGGAGGCCAAGAAGAUCGCGGGUACCAUCACUAUUCUCAACAAGCCGCCCAGUAGAGACGCUCUUCUGACGGACGUCCUGGACCUCGGGGUAAACGCUAAACCCAUAACGAUUGGUGAUGCCCUAAGUACUCUUGGGAACUCUCCCUUCUGUUAUAUUUAUCUGUGA